AUGGCACAGACAGACGUAGAAUCAAUUCAUAUAAGCUCCUUGUGCCCCAAGAUUCUCAGUGACUCCAGCCAGGAUGAUAAGAGCUCUACAGCCUCGAAAUCUGAAAACCGAGAAACAUUUUUCGACAUCAACGAACUCCCGGACGACCUGCUGACCGAGGUCAUCACAUUCGCUAUGAAGAGCUCGAAGCCAAACAGGAAUGGAGAGGUCCCUGUUCAGAUUGAGCUAUCUCUUGUCUGCCGCCGUUGGCGAGACCUUAUUCUACACUCCCCACUUCUUUGGACGGACAUAUUUAUCUCCACUACUCCCUUAAUCAACGCCUCCAUCUUCUUCGAAAGAUCACAAACAGCCUUGAUCGACGUCACUUUUUCCUCCUAUACUGGAGACAACACAAACGCCGACCAUGAUUACACGAUUUACUCGACCGUCGCAAAGCACAUUUCGCGGAUCCGGAGCCUAUCCAUCGAUGUCAUUGGGCCGUCGGAUUACUAUCCAUUUUUUCUCCCAUGGAAAGGUCUCGAGGCGCCAACCCUGAAGUCUUUGCACAUACGUUCCUGCUUCGACGGUUCCACGAGAUUUUUAACGUCAUAUGAAACAGACAACGAACUGCCGGUGUGGAUCGUGGCUAAUGCUUUGCAUUCUGUCAAGUUGGAAGGGUUUGAAUCUCGACAUUUUCCCCCUCUCCCAAGUCUAACAUCUCUUGACCUUGAUAAAGCGAAGCUGUGCCCAGGACAAUUUUGCCACAUCUUGAAUAAUUGCCCGCUGUUGGAAUACCUUGUCAUACAUCAUUUUGGUUCUCCUGAUGGAGAACGGGAUCGGGAGGGUCGAAGCGUGCCACAGUUUGUAGAAGCCCCCUCUCUUCGUUCGCUGGCAAUCAACAUAGAAAAUGACCAUACCGACACAUGUGCAUGCGCACUUCCAUCCCUUUCUAUGAAGAAUCUCCAAUAUCUCGAGGUUUCUUUCUAUUGGUCACAUUUCACGGAUCACCACGCCUCAAUAUUAUCUCAGUGGAAGAACCUCACAAAACUCAAAACACUACGCAUUCACAGCAUCUCCUUCUGGGCCAACGACAUGUCGUUUCUUGCGGCCCUUCCAAAUACCACCGUGCUCGAAAUUGUCGGAUUUCCAAAAUCUGAAAACACGGCUCUCCUUGAGAUCCUCAACCUCUCCAACCUUCGCUCCAUCUCCCUCGAUCUGUCUUCCCCCAGAUUUCCUCAGAACAGUAUUGAUCUUGACGAAUUCCACGAGGAUGUCGUGCAGCACACGCCCACCUUGAGCUGUCCCGUUUCUCUGUAUUGCGGGAGUACAGAGCAUGAACAGGGUAAGAGGCUGCGAGAAGACUUAGGUUCAUUCUUUAUGGUCCAGUCUUCUCCACCUCACAAGGGAAUCCUGGAUGGAUAUCUUGCCCGGAGUUCAUUCGAAGAUGAUGACACUCUGCUGAAUAGGCUGUGGGGAAUUGAUGAAUCAAGUGACGAUGAGUUCGAGGACGACACGGAAGAUUUCGAUGAUGAAUUCGAUUAUGAAUCAUUUGGAGGGCAUGACUUUGAUGAUGAGGAUUACUUUGAAGGUGACUAUUUCUUCUGA